CAUAUAUAAUCGGUAUGCUCUGCAACACAGACACAAUUGUUGGAAUUAAUACAACGUUGAAAAAUUGACUACAAACAAUUGCAAGUAAGGUUGAUAGAUGAAAUGACGAAAGAUUGUUCUGCUGAUAUUUCAAACGACACAUUUGUUACUACAGAUAUGUCAAAACAAGAUCUGAAGGAUUCGGAAAAGCUGGGAAUGUCAAUUGCGGAAUCAAAUGAAACCUGUAUCAUAAGUGAUAUAUCAGCUCAUGAUAUAAAUAGAACAAAUUUGACGUCAUACAACAACUUAUGCGCAGUUGACGACACCCAUGACGUCACCAACCCGUUGACAGAGAAAGAAAAGGGCAAAAAAGAAAUUCCAAAUUCAGCACAAAUUAAAAGGAAGGGGAAAGUACUUUUGAAGAAAUUUCUGAUAUUCCUUUUUUCUCACGUAGGUCUGACAUGCCUGGUUAUAGGAUAUUCAAUUCUCGGUGCCAUUAUUUUUCAAAGUUUGGAACAAGGAAAUGAAAAACAAAGUAGAUUAAUUACUACAAACCUCAGAAAGGAGACAUUAAAUGAGUUAUGGAAUGCGACAUAUCGUUUUAAUAUUUUGGAGAAGCCAAAUUGGACAGGACAGGUGGAACAUACUUUGCGCCUUUUUGAAAAGCAAAUUUACGUAGCCACAAAAGAACUAGGAUGGGAUGGCAUUUCAGAUGAGGCUGUGGGUGAGCUGCACUGGUCUUUCACUGGAUCCUUGCUAUAUUCAGUCACAGUUAUUACAACAAUAGGUUAUGGUCACAUUACACCUAAAACUGCAUGGGGAAGAAUUGUUACAAUGAUAUAUGCAUUCUUUGGAAUACCACUGACAUUGUUGUGUCUAGCAAAUAUUGGAUCCCUUCUUGGAAAAGGAUUUCAGAUCUUUUAUAACAGGAUACCAGUCGUUAGAAAUAAACGGAAUUUUGGCAUUGGACAUGCUUUACCACUUCCACAAACAACUAUUCGCCAUGAAAAGGUCAAAGGUGAAGAUGGCACUAUAAUCGAAGAGAACAAAUUAAUAGUUUAUAUUCCUACUCGUACUCUGCCGCCUCCGCAGCACGUGCCCAUAAUUGUUUGCAGUUUACUCGUUAUAACGUAUACACUAAUUGGAACAUUGCUUUUUCAUUUAUGGGAAACUAGUUGGGACAUACUAACGUCUGCUUACUUUUGUUUCAUCACCUUGUCGACUAUUGGAUUCGGUGAUGUUGUCCCAGGGCAUAGUUUAGAUUCGUGGCAAAGUCAACCAAAACAGUUUAUAUGUGCCAUUUAUCUGCUCUUUGGAUUAACUCUAUUAGCUAUGUGUUUUGAUCUUUUGCAAGAACAGGUGAGAACCUUUGCUAGAUGGUUUGGAGAAUGUCUUGGCAUUGUUGAAGUUGAGGACGACGAAGAGAACGAGGAAGACACAGAACACAAUAUGAAUUAGAUAGUUUGUCAAGCACAUAAGCACAAUGCAUUACGGUCAAGAUACAGUAAAUGAAUCGAGUCAGAUUAUGCAAACAACUGAUGAAUGUAAAAUUUAAACUAAAAAUCGAAAAAAAUAAUGUAUUUUCACUUUUAUUUUCUGAGAAUUGUUGAAUGAGUUCUGAAUGUAUUGACAAAUGUGUUACCGUGUUGGUAUUGAAAAACGUCGAAAAAAAAACAACGUUUUAUGCCUGCACAACGGGACGACAUAUCGACGUGUAAGGAAAAUCUACGAACUGGGUAUAUAGAAAAGAUAAUUUUGAAAAAGUUUUAGGUACAUUUUACGUACAUUCUAUAUAAAUAUUGAACUAUUGUAGGGAUAUUCAAUAAUAUAAAAACAGAGGCGAAAGAUACCAAAGGGAUCCUACAACACAUAAGUCGACGACAAAUUGACAACGCAGAUAAUAAAAGCAAGUUUUUUCAGCAAGUAUAACAGUUGAAUUUAUUAUUUUUUCGAUGUUCAGUUAAACGUAUCAAAGUUGAACGAAUUUUUUUAACAAGAAUUUGUGGUGCAAAUUUUAUAGUUACUUGAUCUUCAUAUUCAGCUUUUCAAAAGAUAACACACUUCGGUAUUGACUUUUCACUAAUCCACUAUACAAUUAUAAUUUCACAUUUUGCAUCUUUAUAUUGAUUAAAAUUACUACUUUAGAGAUGUUUUAAAAGGCUCACCACUGAACGAAAGCGUCCAUUUUGUGAUUAACAUAAACAUUUUAUUCCAGUUGUAAAAAUGAACAAUUUUAAAGCCAGUUUUGAUUAAAUCAUCGCUAUGACA